AUGAGUUUACCGCAGCAUGCACUUCAAUCUUUAGAAAUAAAUCGUGUCACACAAGUGCGAGUAUUGGGUGAUUAUUGUAUUCAUAUUGUUAAAAAUAUUUCACAAUGGAAAAUUGGUAUUUCAUCAAUAUUAGCUAAUGCACUUGGCUUAGGUCCAUUUAAAGAUAUCUUUUGGUCGAAUGAAUUUGAACCUGGUGCUCCUUAUAGAACAACAGUGAGAGAAUCUUUAUCGGAGAGAGAAAUAUUAAUUGCAACACUGUCAACUGGAUCAGUUGCUUUUCGUGAUGGAAUUAAUUAUAUUGAUACAACACGUACUAUGAGAUGUUGUCGUCAAGAUGGUCUCAUUUUAAAACCUUCGAAACCUUUAACAACAAAUAUCUUAUUAAUUUCUGAUUGGACGUUUAAUAAAGGUAUUACACAAGGCGAACUUUAUUCAACGAAAGCAAUGAUAAAGAAUCAAAUAUUUUCAAUAAUAUUUGCAUCAUCAAUGGAACGAAAUUAUUCAUUAAUUCCAUCAAUGAUUGGAUCAUCAUCUUCUGGAUUAAUUUAUUCACUUUUAUGGUAUUUUAAUGAUUCUUUAUCAACUAAAUAUGCUUUUAUGGGUGAACUUAAUGAAUGGAGAUUUAUUAGUCAACAAAGAUUUUAUUCUUUAACUAUUAAUUCUGAUAAUAUUCAAAUGACAAUAAUGGUUAAAGGUGUACCAAAUGAAUUAGUUGAUAUUUUAGUCCAUAAUUCGAAAUUCGAGUCAAUUCUACAUUUAAUCUGUCAUUUUUCUGAUGAAAAGUUACAAGCUCCAAUUAUAAUAAAUUCUACAAAUAUUACUCGUUCAUAA